AUGGAGGCCGCAUCAGCCAGAGCUGCGGCCCGAGACCGCUGGGGCGAAAUGGGCGCUCCCACGCCGUCUCAGCUCCAGCGCUUCAUUCAGGCCGCCUGCAGUCCCGAGAAUUACGAGCCGAACCUCGCUCUGAACCUCGAGAUUUCCGAUCUGAUCAAUUCCAAGAAGGGUUCCGCCCCACGCGAGGCCGCUGUCGCCAUCGUCAGCUACAUCAACCAUCGCAACCCCAACGUCGCCCUCCUCGCGAUCAAUCUGCUCGACAUCUGCGUCAAGAACUGCGGCUACCCCUUCCACCUGCAGAUCAGCACAAAGGAGUUUCUCAAUGAGCUCGUCAGAAGGUUCCCCGAGCGACCCCCGAUACGGGCGACGAGGGUCCAGAUGAAGAUCCUCGAGGCGAUUGAGGAGUGGAGAAGCACGAUAUGCGAAACGAGCAGGUACAAGGAGGACUUGGGCUUCAUUCGGGAUAUGCAUCGUCUUCUGAGCUACAAGGGGUACACGUUCCCCGAGGUCAGGCGGGAUGACGCCGCCGUGCUCAACCCUAGCGAUAACUUGAAAUCUGCCGAGGAAAUGGAAGAAGAGGAACGCGAGGCGCAAUCUGCUAAGCUUCAGGAGCUCAUUCGACGAGGUACACCCGAGGAUCUCCAGGAGGCAAACCGCCUGAUGAAGAUUAUGGCCGGCUACGAUACUCGAUCCAAGACCGACUACCGCGCCAAGGCCGCUCAGGAGGUUGCCAAGAUCCAAGCCAAGGCUAGGUUGCUCGAAGAGAGACUCGAAGCUUUCCAACAGGGCGACACGAUGCAGGAUGGAGAUGUGUUUUCUGAGCUUGCUGCCGCUCUGUCUAGCGCGCAACCCAAGAUCCAGAAAAUGUGUGAAGAGGAGUCGGAUGACCACGAGGCCGUCGCGAAGUUGCUGGAGAUCAAUGACAGCAUACAUCGGACAGUGGAGCGAUACAGGUUCAUGAAGAAGGGGGAUCUUGAAGCAGCUAAGAAGGUGGCCAGUGGCGCGCCGCUGCCGUCGACUUCAGGUCCUUCCAAGAGCGCAGCGCAAGAGCUUUCUUUGAUCGACUUUGAUGGCGAACCAGAGACAACGAAUGGCUCAUCGUCAAGUCAGCCGGCCUCACAGUCAGCGGGCAUUGAAAACGAUCUUCUCGGCCUUUCCAUGGACGAUUCAGCAAGCUACGGCCAAGGAGGUGCUUUGACUCUGGGAUUCGGAGCAAACUCGAACAUCCCAGGGCCGGCGCUACUCUCUUCCGUGACAGAAAACAACAGCGCAAAGGGACCUAUGAGCAACACUGCAACACCCCAGCCACCAUCCUUCUCGCAGUUCGCUUCUUUCACCUCUCCUUCAGCAUCCCAGUCCGGCACACCCCAGCCGUCUGGUAUGUCUGCCUUUAAGCCGCCCCAGCAGCAGGCCACGACCUCAAACGACCCCUUUGCCGCCCUUGGAUCCCCCAUCUUCUCCUCCAAGCCUGCUACCCCAGCUCCCGCCCCCGCCAUCGCGCCCGCGCCAGCAGCGCCAGCCGCAAACGACGACGACGAAUGGGCCUUUUCGUCAGCCCUCCCUCCUGAAGCGCCUAGUCAGCCUAAGGAGCACAAGGCGACUGUUAGCGAUUCUACUGUCAAGAUUGAGAUGAUUGCAGGGAGGACGGGGACGGGCAAUGCGAUCAACCUUAGUUUCGCCUUCUCGAACAACUCUGCGCAGCCCAUCUCAGAGCUUCACUAUCAGCUCGCCGCCACAAAGGGUUACGAACUUGGCCUCCGGCCCCAGACUGGGCGAGAGUUGGCUCCCAAGCAGAGCAGAGGUGUGACCCAGUUCGUAGAAGUAUGGCAUGCUGGGGACAAGAACCGCAAGGUGCAAUCUAUCAAGUUGCGAUGGAGGAUUUCUUACAAGGUUGGAGCGGAAGCGAAGAACGAGAUGGGAGAGAUUACCGAGUUCAGCCUUGCAUGA